UCAAUAUUCCUUUGUUUUAUCUUUUUUCUGAUAUCAGCAGUCACAUUGAACCAACAAGUAGUCCCAGUGCAGAUCAUCUGUACAUUGGAAUAAUUAUCAUUUUGAAAUUAAAAUAUAACCUAAAUUUUUAAAUCUAUGUGACACUAUUUCAUCACAAUGACUUGCUCUGCAACAAUCUUGAUUGUAGGAAGUUUGGCAGUUUUGAUCGCGGCAUCAGCUGUAGUUGUAUGUGAAAAAAUUACUGCAAGCUGGAAGGAUAAAAAGAAAAAUGAUAAACAACAGAAGUCGGCGGAAAAGGAGGAAAAAAAAGAAGAUAAAAAAGAAAGUAAAAAAGAUAAAUAGGAUAUCAAAAAAAUAAUACAUACCGAAUUUUCGUUAUAACAUACCCUGGGGAUUUGGAGAAAAUAAUCAAGGGUCUCGCAACUGUAAAGAUGCAAAUAUUUACGAUGAUGGGAAAGAACUUCCAUUCCAUUCCUGUACUCUCAUUCUUCCGCAAAAUCAGGUAUACUUAAGCCUCCAGUAACUGAAUAAAGUAUGUCAGGACC